UAAUUCUUCAAACUCUUCUCUUAGUUCAUUUCAAAGAUUACUACUACACACCGUUGCUGAAUGUGAUAUCUCCGCACAAGAAACAUGCUACCUCCUUCUUGGAAUUUCUCUUUAUCAUUUCAGCCGUCAAUUUGUUACUUUAAAUCUCAACAGAAAAACACCACGGUGGUUUUGUGGUACUGAAAGUAAAAAUUUUGUGCCAACUAGCAAAGUUGGACAAACAGAAAAAUUACCUUUACAAAAACUUUGCAAUGGUCAAUGGAAAAAAUAUGAAUGUGAAAAUAUCGUGCGUAUUUGGACAAAACUAUCAUCUCAAUGCAAUAGUUCUCAGUGGGAAGAAUUCUGCCAUAUAAAGGUUAUGCUUCAUGUUUGUCACCGAAGCCUUCAGCAGCUAACAGAAAAU